AAAGAGGUGGUGCAGGGGUCUGCUGCUCCUGCUGCCUCAUCCCCCAAGUCAGCUGAGGUUGUCCAGGGCCCAGAAGGCAGCCCUAGCAUCCAAAAAGAGGCUGUCCAGGAUAUUGCAGGCAGCCUUGCUCCACCCCUCACUAAGGAAGAGACUGUUCAAGACCCAGCUGCUCCUGCCACCUCACUCCCCAAACAGGACAAGGGGGUCCAGGACUCUGAAGGGAGCCCCAGCUCAUCUCUCACCCAGAAAGAGGUUGUGCAGGACCCUGCUGUUCUCCCUGCCCCAUCUUCCUCAGUGGACAGGAUGUCCCCCAGCCCAGGAGGCACCUGUGCCCCAGUGCCAACAGGAGCAGAGGCCAGCACGGAGUCCCAGCUUCUGUCUGACCCCACUGAGGGCAAGAUGUGCCCAGAGACAUUGAGGGAGGAGGAGGAUGAGGUGGCCCUGGCCACUGACCUGGAGAUAUUCCUGGAUACCCUGCGGAGCAUGGAGCCCCCUGAGAUCCUCCGCACUCACCGGCUGCCACGAGCCCCUCGCUCCUCCUACCUGUCCAUGUAUGCCACACUGCUUGCCAUUGAGGAGGACCAGCCAGGGCCAUGGGUGCUGGGCCCUGGCCCCCAGGAGGUGCCUUCAUUGGAAGAGAAAGAGGAGGAGGAGGAGGAGGAACCAGAGAACCCCUAUCUAAGUGAUGACGAGAAGCUUCAGCGCAGGUAGAAGAAAGCUGGGCCCAACCUCUCCUGGGACCUCCACCCUGCCAGGCCCACCCAGGUCUCCUGCUCUUCUCUUGAGAUGAAGAAGCAUGUAGCAGGAACCAAGGGCCCCCACUUAGAGCUGGGGUUGGAAUUGCAGGGAGGCAGCAGACCCACUUCCCGUCUCGGAGGUAGCCUUCUUUUCGGCAGUCUGGUGCCUGCCACCAAGGAGGCCUCCACCCCAGAACCGCUGGGCACAAAACUAUCUGCCCUGCUGCCCCAUGGGGCACUGGGGCUCAGGAAGGUGCCAGGACAGUUGCCCCUGCUUUGCAGUGAAAGACCAUCCCUGACGGAGAAGCUUGCCUGUGCCCUGCCCCUAGAGGGGUGGAUAAGUGAUGCCUUGGGUGGUGUGAAGAGAGUGGUGCUGGGAGUCAGAGUCCGGGGGCAGAGCCUUCUGUCUGAAGUCUGGUUCAGUUGA